ACCGCACCCACUCCUACAUAAUAUGAAAGGGGGUAAAAUUUUGAAAAAGUAGAGGACCAAAGUUUUUACGCGGAAUGGCACUCAAAUACCUUUUGUGGCAUUGACGCCGUGCUUCACCAAACUACUCACAAAGUCAUUCCCAUUUUCCUCGUAAUGACGGGAGGAAAAGGCUAAAAAACACUUUCGUCUAAAAAGAAGAUCUGCAACCCUCCCUGCAUAAAAAGGGAAAACUCUAAGUAAAACAAAUAGUAACGAAGAUGAUGGUGGUGAUGGAAGAUCUGUUGUCUAAACUUGGCGCCUCCCUCGCCACCCUCAUGUUCAUCUGGACAUUGUGCCAGAACUAUUUCCCGAACACAUUCGAACAUAUUUGAUUUCCCGAUAUCAUAUGAUUUACAGCUACUUCUACCCAUAUGUCCACAUCACCUUCCAUGAGUUUGAAGCAGAGGAGCUCUUUGACAGGAGCAAAGUUUUCUUGGCUAUUGAGAGGUAUCUCGGCCAUGUUUCAUCUGGGAAUGCCAAUCGCUUCAUUACGAAACCGGCGAAAGACAGUUUCCGGUCGGUGGUGCUCAGCAUGGGAAACCACCAGGAGGUGGUGGACGUGUACAAUGGGGUGGUUAAGGUGUGGUGGAGCUCUGUAGAGAUAGCUUCCAAUCGACAAUCCAUCACUUUCUAUCCAAGGGAGGACGAGAAACGGUGUUUCCACCUCAAGUUUCACAGAAAGGAUCGAGAGAUGGUCACCAAAUCUUACCUCCAGCAUGUGUUGGCAGAGGGGGAGGCCAUUCAGGUGAGGGAAAGGAAACUGAAGCUUUACACCAACAACAAGAGUGACGAGUGGCGGGGGUGGAGGAGCACCAAAUGGAGCCAUGUCGUCUUCAAGCAUCCUUCCACUUUCGACACUCUCGCGAUGGACUCAACCCGGAAGCAAGAGAUUAUAGACGAGCUUCUCAACUUCAGGGAGUCAAAGGAUCUUCUGCAGUAUGACGUGUAUGAUCUUGAGUUGACUGCUGUGAAGGACAACAGCGAGCUGAGGAGGCUGCUUAUAGACACCUCGGGCAAGUCCAUCAUAGUGAUUGAAGACAUCGAUUGCUCCCUCGACCUGACAGGGCAGAGGGAGAAAAAAGAGGAGGAUGAAAAGGAGGAGAAACAUCCAAUCAAGAAAGAAUUAAUCAACAAGGAUGUGCUAAAGAAGAAGGAGAGUGAAGUGACUCUAUCGGGGCUUCUAAAUGUCAUUGAUGGCCUCUGGUCAGCUAUAGGAGAAGAAAGAAUAGUUAUUUUCACCACGAAUCACGUUGAGAAACUUGAUCCUGCACUGAUAAGAAGGGGGAGGAUGGACAGCCACAUUGAGAUGUCAUAUUGUUGCUUUGAGGCUUUCAAGGUGUUGGCAAAGAACUAUCUGGAUAUUGGGGAUGAUUCUCACCCUCUGUUUCCAGAAAUCAGACGUUUGCUGGGGGAAACCAAAACAACCCCUGCUGACGUUGCUGAGAACAUGAUGCCCAAAUCUGCUCGGGAGAAAGCGGAUGCAUGUCUGGAGAGAUUGGUUAAAGCACUGGAAACUGCAAAAGAAGAAGCACGGCUGAAAGAGGAGGAAGAGAAGAGAGUCAAUGCUGUAAAGGAAGAGGAAGCCCGCAAGAAGAGGAAACAAGAGGCCGAUGACCUGAAGAAAGCAGAGACAUCGGCUUUGAAAUUGGGGGCUCUCAGCCUUCUAUUAGCAACAAAGAUGCUCGAAAUAAGACUAAUCCAGCAACCAACCUAAAGAAGGAAAAUGGGCACCUUUCUUCUCUUCAAGACCGGAGUGGCAGGAGAGCGGGGAGACUCGUAUGGAGCUGCCAUUGACCAACGAGAAAGGAAUACUCCUCAGAACCAUUGGAGAGAAAAGAGGAAGAAUCGUCAGCCAUUGGAGAGAGGGGCUCAAUUGAGAAAGGCAUAUACACCCUCCUUCCUAUGAUACCUUCCUAU